AUGACUAGCGAUAGAUCUGAUAAACAGUUGCCAUUCGCAGAUGCAGCAACAAUAGUCCGUGCACAUCAAAAGGAUGCUUAUGUUGAAUCACAAUAUAGAUCACAUAUACAAGAUUUCUUUCUGAUAUUAAAAGGACAACGCUUUAUUAAUGCAUAUCCACAAGAGAUCACUGUGUUGGCCAAAGCACUUUAUUUACUGCUUACUACUUUAAUUGGAGCUAGAACAUUAGGAGAAGAAUAUGUUGAUCUUAUCUAUGUUAAUAAAUCAGGUAGACGAUUACCUAAAUUAAUACCAAGAUUAGGAUUUAUAUUAUCGUAUGCGAUUGUUCCUUAUUUAGUGAGUAAGAUUAUUAAAAAGCUUCGAGUAAAACAGAACGAGGAUGAUGAUGAAUCAUUUGAAAAUCCAAAAGGAUGGUUAAUGAGUAUAUUAUCAAAUUAUUAUAAAUUACUUGAUACAAUACUUAAUAUUCAUAUUGCAAUUUUCUAUUUUAAGGGGGAAUUUUAUUCACUUUCUAAAAGAAUAUUUGGAUUACGUUAUGCAUUUGGUCAUAAUAAAGAUAAUCUGAAAAUUGAACAAUCAAAAGGAAAUUAUUCUUUAUUAGGUGGGAUUAUAAUUCUUCAAUUUAUUGUUAAACUUGUUAUAAGUUUAAAGAAUUAUAAUGAUGAUUUAAUUAAAGCUGCCAGGGGUAAGAAAGAUGAAUUAGAGACUACAUCAUCAGAAGAUAGAAUUGAAAGUAUACAACAAUUAGUCAAUUUAAGUCAUAAUUAUGAUUCUAAUUUGAUUAUAGAUUUAUCAGAUGAUAAUCAAUUACCUUAUUUACCGGAGAAUUCUAGAAAUUGUAUGUUAUGUUUAUCACCAAUGGUAAAUCCAUCUGCUGCUAAUUGUGGUCAUUUAUUUUGUUGGGAUUGUAUAGUUGAUUGGAUUAGAGAACAUCCUGAAUGUCCAUUAUGUAGACAGCAAUGUUUAGAACAACAUUUGCUUCCUUUGAAGUAA